AUGAAAGCCAACGUCCCGAUUACUGGAAUCACCGCCUUGAGAAGCCUAGCUCGUGACAAAGUGUUCGUAAAAUUCCGAUCGAGCUACGGAGACUUUCAAGCCAACAUCGAGUGUCUGGUUACACCCAAGGUAACUGGAACUAUUCCAAACAGCAGAAUCGAUUUCAGCACCUGGAAAUUCCCUGACGGCAUCCAACUCGCCGAUCCACGUUUCUUCUGCCCCGAGAAGGUCGACAUGCUGAUCGGGGGAGAGCUUUUCUUCGACAUUUUGAAGCCCGAUCACCUGAGCCUAGGUGCAAAUCUACCGCAACUUCGAGACACUCAUCUUGGAUGGGUGGUAGCCGGAGUGAUAAACGAGCCGUACGUUUUGAACGCGGUUAUCCAACACGCCAACUCUGCUUCGAUUGAUUACAUCGAGGAAUUGAUGCACCAAUUCUGGAAGAUGGAGGAAGUAGCAGACGCUUCUCCAUUUUCACCCGAACAGCUGUCCUGUGAAGCCCAUUUCUUAUCGACGUACGAGCGUGAUUUGACCGGUAGGUUUGUUGUGAAGCUGCUAUUCAAGGAUAACGUGAACCAGUUGGAUAACUGCCGCUUUCUGGCGCUCAAGCGAUUCUUAAUGCUCGAAAAACGUUAG